AUGUCAUCAGACAGUGAACUAGAUCACACUUUUGAGACCACUUUUGACGAUGAUAAUGACAACACAGAAGAUGAAGUGGACACAGAUGAUUUUAUGAACAAUCUGGCCAUGUUUUAUCUCCGAAUGCAGGCUAAAAUGCUGUUACCAGCCAGUACAAUUCAGACCUUAAUAGAGGAAAUACAAGAGGUACACAACACUGGUUUGACUCAUCUAUUGUCUAGGAUGCAUGAAGAGUUAACAAAUCUGAAUGUCCCUGAAAGUGAUAUUAAGAGGCUCCUUGAUAAUCUCUCAAAAGAUAACCUUCUGAAAAUGUGCAACGAAGGAGUGUUUAGAACAGAUCAAACCCGUAAAACCUUCUUUAAGAGCAGAUUUAGCUAUGUUGAGCCAGUCAAGACUUAUUUGGGCAUUGAUGCUAAAGGCAAAGAGAGGUUCUACCAGUACGUGCCCAUCAAGGAUACAGUAAAAUCACUCCUCUCUCAGAACUCUGUUAAAGAACAGUAUGCCCAAGCUAAAGCUGACACAGAAACAAAUCCUGAUGUUCAGGAAGAUGUGAGAGAUGGUAGAAACUUUAAAGAGAAUAUACUUUUACGAGAUUCACCAUCUUCAUUGUCUCUCAUCUUGUAUCAGGAUUCUUUCGAAGUUGCGAACGCACUGGGCUCAGGCAGAAAAAAACACAAAAUACUGGCCAUGUACAUGACACUUGCAGAGAUUGCACCACACAACAGGUCUUCCAUUGAUCCAAUGCAACUUGUUAUGUUGUGCAGAGAGAAGGAUUUCCAAUUUUUUGGACAAGAAAAAGUGUUCUCCACUUUAGUCAGUGACUUAAAAGAAAUGGAGGAAAAUGGAAUUGAAUAUGGUGCUGAGGAGAAAAUAAAAGGCUCUGUGAUUGCCAUUACUGGAGAUAAUCUGGGGUCACACAGUAUUGGCGGGUUUACUGAAAACUUCAGUAAAAGCACACAUUUUUGCCGGUACUGUGUCAUCGACAGAGUGUCUUUUCAAACAGAUCCCUGCAAAUUUGGUCCUAAAAGAACCAUAGAGAGUUACAAAAAUAGUGUGGCAGACCUGGCAGACCAGGAGAUGAACAGUGGAGUAAAAUUUGACUCAAUUUUCAAUCAGUUGAAAUAUUUUCAUGUUUGCCAGCCAGGGCUCCCUCCGUGCCUGGGUCAUGACCUGUUUGAAGGGGUUGUUUCAUUUGAUCUUGCUAUGUACAUUAAGCACUUAGUGACAGUGGGCAAACACUUUACCUAUGGUCAACUGAAUCGGACUAUAUCACAGUUCACAUACCUAGGCAGUGAUGCAAAUAACAAGCCAUGUGAGGUUAAAACUAAUGCGGAGAAGCUGGGAGGACAUGCUGCUCAAAACUGGUGCCUCUUACGUCUCUUUCCUAUUCUGGUUGGAGACCGAAUCAAAAAUCCACUUGAUGAUGAGGUGUGGCAGUUGUGCUUAAAGCUCAGAGAAAUUGUGGAUUUGAUAUGUGCACCCAAGAUCCAUACCAACCAAGUAGCAUACCUUAAGAUUCUCAUUGAGGAAUACAUCCAGCUAAGAACUGCCACAUUCCCAGAAAAGACACUUAAACCCAAACACCACUAUCUUGUCCAUUACCCAGAACUCAUUCUUCAGUUUGGUCCCCUCAUUAGGUUGUGGACAUUGCGCUUUGAAAGCAAGCACUCAUAUUUUAAGCAGUGUGCAAGGAAACUGCAUAACUUUAAAAACCUCUGCAGUACCUUAGCAGAAAGACACCAGUUGCUACAAGCAUAUUUACAUGCUGGUAACUUAUUUCCUCCAACUCUGCAAAUGGGCCAACCAAGUAAAUUCGAUGACCAACUGUACCAGAUUGGCAUUCAGAGAGCUAUCAGUCUCAAGGGUCUCCGCCCAGAAGACACUACUGAAACACCCUCUGUCACUUUCAAAGGCACUCUGUACAAAAGAGGCAUGACUGUUGUAGUGGACCAAAAUGACACAGGGUAUCUACUUGGGAAAAUACUGUUGAUACUGGUAAACGAGGCAAACGUACAUUUUGUUGUCCAGCAGUAUCAGUCUGUGCCUGUUGUGGAUCUUGGUGUUUAUUGCUUACAAAGCAACUCAGAAGCACAAUAUCAGUGUUUGACUGUAGAGAAUCUUGCAGAUUAUUACCCUCUUUCUGUAUAUAAUCAAUUUGGUCUUAAUCUUGUUGCUCUGCAUCAUUCUGUGUUUCAGAAGAAUGAGUAAUGGACUCCAUUGAGAAGGCAAUACAGGCCGUGCUACCACAGCUAGAUGAAGCAAAGCUUGAAACUUUAGUCAAUGAGUUGGUGAAAGUAGGUGUUGAAGGACCAGAUGAUCUGCAGUUUAUUCAAGAAGAUGACAUCAAACAUCUGCUCACACCCAUUCAGUGCAGAAAAAUUAUUCAUUCCUUGAAAGUGUGUAAUGCAGGUCCUUCAAAUCCCCAGCUGAGCC